AUGAGAGAGGCAACAACCCCAGAUCGAGAAGAGGGUCCUGGAGUGAGUGGAAGCAUUGGAAUAGUGGAAGAACCACCAAGUCCAAUGCCACGACCUCUCCCACCAUUUCCCCCUGUCCCAAUGCCAAGAAGCAGCACAGCUCCUCGACUUCCUGCCUCAGACUCUCAAACCCCCAGUCCGGAGCCUCAACCUGUUGUCUUCCUUGCUGAAGAUGAACAGCCUCCUGAAGUGCCAGUCCGUCGACCCCCAAGGAGGGAACGAGAUUCUGCCUUUGAACCACAUCGGGUCUCUGCAUAUCCAUCAAUGCCUUCAGGGAUGUCAGUGGAUCAGUUCCGCUUCAUCUCCGUCUUGGGGAGAGGUCAUUUUGGAAAAACGUCUCCUAAUCAGGAAGACAUCAAUUCGAAUGAAAAGGUCCUGUGUAAUGUGUAG